AUCAUAUGAUUAUUCUGCACUGCCACUGCUAAUCAGCUGUUGAUGAUGCUUUAAUUUGCUUAUUCUUGUGUUUGCAUUUAUGAACGAAAUAGAAUAAUGGAAAAGCUAAUAAUUAAUUUAAUUUUUGAUCUGGACGAUAAAACAAGUGAUGCAAAAUUGUGCAAUCGACUAAAGAGAAAUAUAAUUAAAAAAAAAAGAAGAAAUUUAUUGCUAAAAAUUUUUCUGGAUAAGAAGAGGCGAAUUCCUAAAGUGCUGGAUUACUUUAAAGUUAUACAAAAGUAUCCUGAAGACAUAUUUUUUGAUCAUUUUCGAAUGAGACGUGAAACAUUUCAAAAUUUGCUACGCGAACUAAAGCCGUUCUGGUGUACAUUUAGAAAAGGACGUUUAUCUUUCAACUUGGAGCAAUGUUUGUAUAUUACGUUGUGGAAGUUAAGCAAUUGUGGGGUAACCUUUCGACAUUUAAGCGAUCGUUUUAAUGUAGCAAAAGGUUGUGUCGACGGUACACAUGUCAAAAUCCCAAAACCAAAAGAAGAUCCUAUAAGCUACUAUAAUAGGAAAGGAUUUUAUUCUAUUAAUGUGCAAGCCAUAUGCGACAACAAAUUUCGUUUCCUGGAUGUUUUUAUUGGGUACCCUGGUAGUUGUCAUGACGCCAAUGUAUGGAAUAAUUUAUAA